AUGAAAUAUGGCGCAAUCAAGUCAUAUAUAUAUUAUGUGGUUCUUUUAUAUUACUGUAUUAUUAUAUUAAAAAUAUGCUAUGCAAAUAAAUGGAUAAAAAAAAGAGGAAAUAACUCAGGGUUGUUUAUUAAUUCAUUAAUUAUAGAUAAUAGAAAUGGGUAUAGAAAAGUUGAAAAAAAAAAAAAAAAAAAAUUCAAAGUACAAGUCUACAAUGGAAUGCGAAUAGGGCAAGGAUAUGAUAUACAUCAAAUAAAAGUAAAAUCCGAAAAUGAUGAUAAUAAAAUAAAUGAAAUUAAAGAAUAUAAUACCCAAAAUUUUAAAACAUUAAUUAUAGGGGGAGUUAAAAUAAAUAAUAUUUAUGUCUUAUCUCAUAGUGAUGGUGAUAUAAUAUAUCAUGCUUUAGUUGAUUCAAUUUUGGGGGGUGGAGGUUCAUAUGAUUUAGGUACUUUAUUCCCAGAUAAAUCAGAUAAAUAUAAAAAUAAAAAUUCUGCAUGCUUUUUAAGAUAUGCAAGAAUGUUAUUAUAUAAAAAAAGAUAUAUUAUCGGAAAUAUCGACAUUAAUAUUAUAGCCGAAGUCCCAAAAAUAAAUAAUAUCAGACAUGAAAUUAUACGAAAUAUAUCACAACUUUUGAACAUUUCCGAAUCACAGAUUAAUGUAAAAGGUAAAACUCAUGAAAAAUUAGGAGUAAUCGGAGAAAAAAAAGCAAUUGAAUGCUUCGCCAAUGUUUUGUUAAUUCCUAAAACUUGA